ACCAUCCCAAAGAAAUAAAAGAAUACAUUUAGAAAAUUCGCCUUGUCUUUCUUCGUAUCCACUCAUUCACUCCAUCCCAAGAGCAGUAUCAGAGCAAGCCAAACCGAGGCAACAAUGGAAGUAAAGAUCAAUUCCGAAGAGCUCAUCAAGCCUUCCUCUCCGACCCCGCAACACCUCCGGGCCUUCAAGCUCUCCCUCCUCGAUCACCUCAUUCAAGUUCCUUUUACUCCGGUUAUCUUUUUCUACCCGUCCAACUCCGAGCAGGCCGGCCCUUGCUUAGAUGUCCCCCAGAAACUAGACCUUUUGAAGAAGUCCCUCUCCCGGACCUUGACUCAGCUCUACCCGCUUGCGGGGAAGAUCCGCGACGACGGCCUCUACAUCGACUGUAAUGACGGAGGUGCCCGUUUUGUCGAGGCUAGUGUUAACAUGUCCUUAACUCAGUUCCUUACUGACCCUGACCUCGUCUUGUUGAACAAGUUGCUUCCAAACGAUGAGUUUCUUAUCGGGGAAUUUCCCGAACUGACUCACCCCGUAAAUAUUCAAGUGAAUGUGUUCCGGUGUGGCGGGAUUGCCCUCGGAAUUUGCAAUUCGCACAGACUCCACGACGGGACCUCUGAAGGAGUAUUCCUGAAGGAGUGGGCAGCAAUUGCCCGGGGAUCAGGUGGCGGUAGUGGCAGCAGCGGGUUGGCAGCUCGGGACCUCAUGGUGGCGGCGGAGCUCUUCCCUGCAAACGAUCUGUGGCUGCGUGACUCAUCAAAGAUCAUGUUUAACUCGAUGUGCAAACCGGGAAACUCGGUCACCAAGAGGUUUACGUUUACUGGGCCUGCGAUAGAGGCCCUCAGAACCCGAGGAAAGGGUCCCAGCGCGAAGAACCCGACUCGUGUUGAGGCGGUCACUGGGUUGUUAUGGAAGUGCGCGAUGGCCGCGCUCGAGAGAAAGAACAAUGGUCUCAGAAGGCCUUCAGUCUUCACGCAUUUGGUGGACAUUCGCAAUAGGAUGAAUCCUCCGUUAUCGGGUCCCCUAGGAAACUUUCUCUGGCUGGCUGCUGCACAUUACAUGGGCACUACUAAAUCUCAUGAUGGUACGGAAGAUGUGUUGCCCUCUUUGGUUGGUGAGCUGAGAGGAGCAAUAUCCAAGGUAGAUGGCGAAUUUGUCUCGGGAUUAAGACAGGACAAAAGUUUGAUAAGUAGCUCUCUCGAAAAGGUGCUCGGAGUUGGGUUGUCUGAAUACGGUCACGGAGUGGACCAUUUUGUGUGUUCGAGUUGGUGUAGCUUCAGGUUUUAUGAUAUCGAUUUUGGGUGGGGAAGGCCCGUUUGGGUCAGUAACAUUGGGUUGUGCAAGCCGAUGUUCCUCAACUUGAUAUUUUUGGUGGACACAAGGUCGGGUGAUGGAAUAGAAGCAUGGGUCACUAUGGAUGACCAGGAGAUGGCUCUGUUGCAGGAGGAUCCCGAGCUCCGCGCUUUUGCUAAUGUGAACCCCAGUCCUUUGACUAUCAGCAGCAAACUCUGAGGAUCUCGUGAUAACGCUUUUGCGAUUUGGUAAUAUUAAGAUGUUUACUGAUGUGUUUAGGUAAGUGAUCAAGGACUAAACUCUAAGGAGUUUGGCCUAGUGGUAAGGAGUAGUUUAAGUAUCAACCCGAUCACGGGUUCAAAACCCUGUGGAACCACCGGAGAGCUUUUGGCGUGCUUACCCGUUCCGUGUACCGCCGGGGGUUCAGGGUGCCUCGGGGAUUAGCCUAGACACCCCAGGUUAGCAAAAAAAAAAAAAAAAGUGAUCAAGGACGACAAAAGUGAUCGAGAAUUUCUGGUAGCUUUUUCUUUCUACAAAAAACAAAAGCGGUCCUAGCUGUUUUUGCCAUGUAAUUAUGUUAUACUUCGGCUUGCUUAAUCAAUACCAUUCUAUUCUGCCGAGAGAAAUAAUAGAUUCUGA